AAAUCCCCUCAUGAUUCACUGGCGGUAUCUUCCUCCUGAGGUCCCACGAAAAAACACUAAACAAAAAAAUUAAACAAAAUAAAAUAAAAUAAAAAAAGACAAAAACGAAACCACUCAUCACAUUCAUGAAUUCAUCGUUCCUUCUCCAGAGUCAAUACUGACGCUAAUUCAUCAUCUCUGUCUCUGUUCCUCUUCUGUUAGUUCAGAAUUGGAACACAAAUCUCUCUCUCUGUCUCUGUCUCCUCUGUGUAUGUUUUGCUGUAUCAUCAUCAACCAUGGAACUCGUUCCAUAUUCCGACCCAAAUUCCGCCACCACUCCAGCAUGGCAGGACAUGUUCCGAUCUGCAUCCUCAAGACCACCCAUCUCCACCACACCUCCCCACGCGCCUUCAAACUCGUCCCACGCGCCGUCGAACAUUCCCCACGCGCCGUCGUCUACUCGAAGUGACGACGACCCAGAUGGCAAAAACACAUUUUCCGGCGAUCCCCAGGUACGACUCGCCUUAUACAUAGCUAUGGCACAUGCGGGUCUUGGUUUCGCCAUUUUCAUUCUCUACACUGUUUCCAAGCUCUUAGAACAGUAUCUUAGACCCAUUCAAUGGGCGGUUCUAUGUUCAAUUCCUCUUAGGGGAAUUCAACAGACCAUUGUUGCUUUUUGGUCUGAACCUCUCACGUUGGGACUCACAGAAACUGUUCUUGCUGUUCCUGUUGCUGUUUUCAGGGUUUUUGUUGGUACACUUGUUGAGAUUCGUGAAGCUUCUUUUAGAGUCAUUCUGAGGAAACCAAAACCUCAACAGAAUCCUCAAACAACUAGAAGACGUAGUGGAUUUUCCAAUUUACUUCGUUUGUUAGUGUCUUUUGGGAUUUUCAUCAUUGUUUAUGAGAGGCUUGGUGGUUUUGGAGCUUUAUCACUUUUAGGGUUAGGUUUUGUGUUUAGUUCUAAGAAUGUCGAUUCAACUAUGCACACUUUGUCUUCUUUCAGGACUAAUAGUUUCAGGAGAAGUGCCAUUAGUGCUUUUUUCACAAGAAGGGUUGUGAAAAGGUUGAAAAUUAUUGUGGCAAUUGGGCUUAUUGUUGUUAUGAUUGUAGGGUUUCUGACUGGGGUGAUUUUCUUUUCUUAUAAGAUUGGUGUUGAAGGAAAAGAUGCUGUUGUUUCUCUUAAAUUGCAUGUUGAAGAGAGUAAUUAUGGUGAGAGAAUUGGUGUUAAGAAAUGGAUGGAAGAGAAUGAUGUUGCUGGAAUGGUGGAUAGUUACACCACAAAGUUCUAUGAGACUGUUUCUGAUCAAAUUGAUGGGUUGGCUGAGCAAUAUAACAUGACUGAAUUUGUGACUGGGAUUAAGCAUUUUGUGAUAUCAACUCCUUCUAAUUCUUCAGCACCUUCAAGAGCUUUAAUUACUCCUUCGCCAUACACCGAAAAGUUCUUGAGUUUGAAAAGUCGGGUUAGGGACCGCGAGUGGAGCAUGAUUUACAUGGAACUAGAUUCCCUUUUCCGAGAACUCGUGAUCACCCGCGAGGAUUUAGUCGAAAAAGCAAAAGGCUUCGCCUUUAAAGGAAUCGAUGUGUCACAGCGUGUUCUCGCUAGUAGUACAACCGUGCUGGGAAGGGGUACAAAAUUUAUGUUGUCCAUAGCUAAUUCAAUAGUCUCUGGAGCUGCAGAGGUUUUCAAUUUUGUGUCACAGUCAAUGGUGUUCAUUUGGGUUUUGUAUUACCUCAUUACAUCAGAAUCUGGUGGAGUAACUGAACAAGCGAUGCAUAUGCUUCCAAUUUCAAAUUCCACUAGAGUAAGAUGUGUUGAAGUUUUGGAUAAAGCUAUUUCAGGUGUACUUUUGGCUACUGCUGAGAUUGUAUUUUUUCAAGGAUGUCUCACUUGGCUUUUGUUUCGGUUAUACAAAAUUCAUUUCUUGUACAUGUCGACUCUACUUGCAUUCAUUAGUCCUUUGCUUCCGAUUUUUCCGUCUUGGCUUGCAACAAUACCAGCAGCGAUGCAACUUGUGAUGGAAGGAAGGUACAUAGUGGCCAUUUUCUUGUCUGUUACUCACCUUUUCCUUAUGGAUUACGGCGCGUCGGAGAUUCUCGAAGAUGUGCCGGGGAAUAGUGCUUAUCUUACCGGCCUCAGUAUCAUUGGGGGAAUGACAUUGUUCCCAUCAGCUCUGGAGGGGGCUAUUAUGGGGCCAUUGAUAACUACAGUCAUGAUUGCUCUAAAGGAUUUAUAUGCUGAAUUUGUUUUGGAAGAACCUAAAGACAAGGCCAAGCAGAAAACUAGCUAAGCUUCCUUCCACCUGUGUUUAUAAAAGUAUUUAUUUAUUGGCAUUUGAAGUUUGAUGAAAUUGCAUUGCUUGUUGGUGGAGUUUGCCUUUCAAUUCUGAGUAUUGCUCAAUGGUCAGUCAUAUUUUUUCUUUUUCUAUUUGUAUCAUAAGAUAAAUAUUUGGCAAAAAGUAGGGUGUUUUUUAGGGUCAUCAAAUAUUUUCAUUUCUUGGUGACAGUGUCUGUUGAGUUGUACAUUAAGAUCUGUAUUUAUUCAUGUAACAAUUUUUCUUAUUCAUUGUACCUAAAAAGAAAUAAAGACCUGUGCAACUUCUUUUGAACUAUUUA